AGGCAAUGAUCGUCUCAAUCAGCCACCUUCCCUUGGUGUUCCCAGGCCGAUUUUUCACUAAUGUACCAGACCAUACUCGACCCGCACCCAACCCCAAGAGACUACCCACCCCCGGCCCCACCAUCCUAGCCCUCCUAUCCCCUUGUCCAGUCAUGUCCAUCUCUGCCCCCCUCCGACAAUCGAUAGUGUCCAAUUUCAAACUCCAGGGUCUCUCCCUCAAGAACGAAGCGGCUUCUCUCCUCGUGCAAGCACUAGAACCUCACUACUCCAAUAGCGAGGAACUCGAGCGAAUUAUCGAUAUGAUAAUCGAGGCAAUCCAAAAACAGCCUCUAAAAUCGUCGCUAAUUGGACGAGAGGUGGUGGAGAUUGCGAUAGAAGAAUGCAACACUUCCUCUGAUGCUGAUACCGAGAAAGCCUUCGUUCUAAUCAAUGCAUACGAUAUGCCCAAAUUCUCCUAUCAUGUAGACCGUAAAAAAUUCCUUCCAGUUCCCAAAGGGUCGGUGAAACUUCACUCCGGAGCGUCAGCUAAAGAGACUCUGUUUAAAGAACGAUACACAAUUCUUCAGCAACGGACAAUGAGGCACGAAUUAUUCACCCCGGCUGCACUGGGUCAACCCGUCCAAUCCUCGAGCAAAUUCCAACUCCAAACGGUCGAGUACCUCCUUAGCAGCUCUGGUCUCCCAGACAAGAUAAUCGUUCUCGGAAUGCUCUCCCAGUUGAAAGAAGGAACAUUUCAUCUUGAAGAUCCGACUGGUGCUGUCGAGCUUGACCUGUCGCAGUGUACCUUCCACAUGGGCCUGUUUGUAGAGAGCAGUUUAGUACUGGCAGAGGGUCUGUACGAAGAUAAAGUAUUUCAUGUCGAAGCUAUCGGAUUUCCACCUCCUGAGUCUGCUACAGAUUCUCGACUUUAUUUUGGCAAUACGAAUUUUUUCGGUGGCCCGUCCUCGAUUUGUGCCAGGUCGUCUGUCAAGCUACAAGCCAUGCUCGAGGAACAUGGUAGUGCCAUGUUAGUAUUUCUCUCUGAUGUGCAUCUCGAUGAACCACGUGUGAUGGAGAAACUGUCCGUUCUAUUCUCGGGCUACUCUGAAGAGCCACCCAUCGCAUUCGUUCUAAUGGGUAACUUUAGUGCCACUCCAUACGGACCACUUCGCUACCAGAAAAUGAAGGAGAAGUUCACAGCCUUGGGAGACCUCAUACUGCAAUUUCCCACUCUUAUUGAAAAGUCUCAAUUUGUAUUUGUCCCCGGGCCUACUGAUCCUGGCCCAGGAAACGUUCUCCCGUUCCCAGCCAUACCCAGCAACCUCACUUCAGGGAUUACUGAGAGAAUCCCAUCAGCUCAAUUCUGCUCAAAUCCAACACGAAUUCAGUUUUGCUCUCAAGAGAUUGUCGUUUUCCGGGAAGACAUUAUGACUAAACUAUGUCGACACUGUGUCAAGUUUCCAACGGAGACAACAGAUUUAUCCAAUCAUUACACAAAGACGCUCCUAUCUCAAGCUCACCUCUGCCCCCUGCCCCUUCACACACGACCCGUGUACUGGCAAUACGAUCACGCCCUGAGGCUGUACCCUCUGCCUGACCUCGUGGUUAUGGGCGAUAAGUCCGACCCGUUUACAGUGACUGCAAACGAGUGUACAGUGACAAAUGUGGGAUCGUUUUUGAGAACUGGAUUCGAAUUCAAAGUGUAUGUGCCAGCAAAGAAAAUAGUAGAAGACAGCAAAAUUGUUGACUCAACUGUAUAACAAUAUUCAUUAAUUAAGUAUUUUGUGAUAUUGUAAUUACCUCAUGAAUAAAUAAAUAAGUACAUAA